CUUGGUAUUGCUUCAAAAGUUGAAGGAGGCAUAAGCUCCUGCUCCAAUAAGUGAUAAAAAUGUUGAACUAUAAAGAGAAGGAAGUUUGUCUUUUUUGUUGAAUUGCAAAUGAUUAACUAGUUUUAAUAAUAUAUUUCUGUCAGAAAGACACACAAUCGUCUAUUAAUAUUUAACAUUGGCAAGAGGUUAUCUCAAAAUACUGUGUUACCGGCGAUACUCUUGGUUUCUUUUCGUAGAUUCUAAAGAAAUCCAAGAAUCUUAAAUACAUUGGGGUUGAAGUAGUUUUUCAAGAAAAGCAGCGACUUGUAAUUAUACUGAAAACCAAGAAGUUUUUUAAAGAUGUUUUCUCUUGAUCCUCCCAAACCACCAGAGUCUUCAUCAGCAGUUACAGAGACCAAAAAUCGAGUGUUUUUGAAUGACGCUGACCUGGAUAAGAUAGCUGUCUAUCUUGUAGGUAGUCAGCAAAGGUUUAGGGAGAAUAUAAUUAUUCCAAGAAUAGCAGGUCCUGUUAAGAUUAAGACGAAUGAAGAAAAAACUGUAGAAACAGUAAUGGAAAGCUGUGCUUUUAAAAGCAUCAUGGCUUGUGUCCUAGGAUAUGGCUUAGGAGCUGCUAUUGGAUUAUUCUCGUCGAGUGUAAAUCCUAAUGUGGCAAGUGUAGAAAAGCAACAAACAGCUCGAGAAGUCUUUCGUGAAAUGAAGACCACAACUUUAGGAUAUGCUAAAAAUUUUGCUGUCGUGGGCUGUGUAUUCUCAGCUAUCGAAUGUACUAUUGAAUCAUACAGAGGUAAAACAGAUUGGAAAAAUGGUACAUAUGCUGGUGGACUGACUGGAGGUCUGAUAGGUCUUAGAGCUGGUAUAAAAGCAGGACUUGUUGGCGCAGCUGGUUUUGCAGCCUUUUCCACAGCUAUAGACUAUUACAUGCAUAGAUCGUAAAUAAUAUAAAACAAAUUAUUGUAAAUAAGGAGGGUUUUAAAUGAAUAAAGCACAGUAAUGCAAGUUUUAUGUA